CAUAGGUUCGCAUUGUGUUAUACACCUCUCCCGUUUUUCUUCUUGAAAACUCGGGUUUCGUUCCCAGAUGUGAGUCUUCCUAGUUGUGUUAUUGCCCCUGGUAUUGCAGAUCUGCUCGAAGACGUCCUGAAUCCAAGAACCUUCGAGCAUCUGUCGUUUCGGUUGCAAAAUUGAAUAACUUGCGGUAGUGAGGGGCGACUAAAUCUUCUGACUUCAUUCCCGCUUUGUUAGUUACGGGUUACCUAUUAAUCUUUUGGUUAUUUGAUUACUGUGAAUCUCUCGAACAGCAAAUCAGUUUAGCAGGCUAGUACUUGCAUCCUUCCUCGUAUUUGAGGAUUGCGUGAAAUGAAGUCUCAGCGAUAAGGAACUGGGAUCCAUGAAAACUAGUCAAAUAUAUUCUUCCGGCGCCCUUUCCAGGUUGAAAGCCUUUUGGAACAAAAUGUUUGCGUCUAAAGUCAUUGCUAGGUCAGCACCCUUGGCGGCUCCGGCGAUUUCGAAUCCCAUCCGGACUCCUGCCGCCGUUUCCAACGUGCGCUAUGUAUCGUCCGAAACAACCUUCCAGGUGCGAGAUUUUAAACUGCACAAGCUGGACCAGGGUCCGCGCACCACCGUGAGCGUGACCAAAGACGACGCCCUGAGAUAUUACCUCGAUAUGGUCCGUAUUCGGCGUCUGGAAACAGCCGCCAGUAAUCUCUACAAGGAGAAGGCCAUCCGUGGCUUCUGUCAUUUGUACUCGGGACAGGAAGCGUGUGCGGUGGGCAUGGAGGCAGCUCUCCGGCGUGAUGAUCCGGUCAUCACCGCCUACCGCGCACACGGCUGGACCUUGACACGCGGCGCCACCAUGGUGCAAGUGUUGGCUGAGUUAACCGGUCGGCGAGCCGGUGUGCAGAAGGGCAAAGGAGGCUCAAUGCACAUGUACCUGAAGAAUUUCUAUGGGGGUAACGGGAUUGUCGGCGCGCAGGUGCCGCUCGGCACGGGUAUUGGUCUGGCGUUGAAGUAUCAGAAGACAGAUAAUGUCUGUGUGACACUGUACGGAGACGGUGCAGCUAAUCAGGGCCAGUGUUUUGAAGCGUAUAAUAUUGCUAAAUUAUGGAGUCUACCGGUAAUUUAUGUCUGUGAAAACAAUGGUUACGGGAUGGGAACCAGCGCGGAAAGAUCAUCGGCGUCGACUGCUUAUUACACUCGAGGCGAUUAUGUACCUGGUAUCUGGGUCGAUGCCAUGGACGUCUUAGCUAUGCGGGAAGCCACGCUUUUCGCAACCGAAUACUGCAGAUCGGGGAAAGGACCGAUAGUAUUGGAAGCCGCCACAUAUCGUUAUCACGGUCAUUCCAUGUCGGAUCCCGGCACAAGUUACCGGAAACGUGAUGAAGUGGAUGAGGUGCGCAAGAGUCGUGAUCCCAUUGCGCACUUCAAGGAUCGAUUGCUGAAGUCAGGCCUGGCGACGGAAGAAGAACUGAAGAACAUCGAGGCUAAUGUUGUUAAGGAAGUUAGUGAAGCAGUGCAAAUUGCCAAAACUGACAAAGAGCUUGCACCAGAAGAGCUCUGGACCGAUGUUUAUGUCGACAAUGACCAGUGGAAAAUGCGCGGUACCACACCGUUUCAAUGGAAGCUUCCAGGAAAAUCGACACCUGUGCGAUUAUAAUUUAUUGACUGAUUUAUUCUUAAUUCUAAUUUCUUCUUGAAAGUGAGGAAUAGCUUGACAGAUUCCUUUGGGAUUCUCUGAAAUAGAUUCUGCUGAUGUCGGUGUCAUUAGAGGCCGUUUAUGUGUGCUAGUUUUCGUAUGAGCGGGGUAUAGUGGUCUUAUUGUGAAGUAGUCAGUUAGGUACAGUAUAUUUUAAAAUGUUACGAACUGGAUAAUACUGUUAAAUUAAUGGUAGUUCAGCAAUAAAACA